AUGCGAUCGCUCAUCUCCCUCGCCCCCCACAUCCUCCUCCUCGGCUUCCUCCCCCUCCCCUUCCUCCUCUCCUCCCUCCUCCCCCUCUACCCCUCCUCCCUCGCCCUCCGCCUCUUCUCCCACCAUGCCCGCCUCCCCGACCUCGCCUCCUUCAACUCCCUCCUCGCCGCCCACCUCCGCUCCGGCCCCCUCGACCGCGCCCUCCGCCUGUUCGACCAAAUGCCCCGGCGGGACGUGGUCACCUGGACCUGCGUCAUCCACGGCCUCGCCAGGCGCGGCGACUGCCGGGGCGCGCUCCGCGUGUUCCGCGCCAUGCUGGAGAGCGGCGCCGCCGCCCAGCCCAACAGACACACCCUCACGAGCGUGCUCUACGCGUGCGCCAAGCUCGGCGCGCUCGAGCAGGGCGAGUGGGCGCACGCGUACGCGGAGCGCCGCGGCAUGGCGCUCGACGCGGUGCUCGGCACGUCCUUGGUCGAUAUGUAUUGCAAAUGCGGGUCCUUGGAGAGAGCCCUCGAGGUGUUCGAUAGAAUGGGCGAUAGAAAAGAUGUCACGGCGUGGACCGCGAUGAUAUCCGGGCUCGCUAUGCACGGUCAUGUGCACGAUUGCAUCGAUCUGUUCGAGAGAAUGAUCGGAUUAGGUGUUACGCCUAACAGCGUCACGUUCUUGGGGUUGCUCUCGGGCUGCACCCACGGCGGGUUGGUGAAGAAUGGAGAAGAGUACUUCUUCCGAAUGAGAGAGGAGUUCGGGAUCGAACCCACGAUCGAGCACUACGGUUGCAUGGUGGAUCUCUAUGCGAAAUCAGGUCUCAUUAGCAAAGCAUGGGAUGUGGCGAACACGAUGCCCAUGAAGCCCGACGCACUGAUCUGGGGAGCUCUUUUGAGUGGUUCCCAGAAGCUCGGGGACAUAAGCACUUCCGAGGCCGCCGCCAAACAGUUGGCGGAGUUGGAGCCGACCAACUCCUCAGCUUACAUCCUCCUCUCCAAUGUGUAUGCCAAAAUGCGUAGGUUUGAUGACGUAAAGAAAGUGCGAGCUCUAAUGGAUGAAUUGGGUGUUAAGAAGACUCCCGGGUGUAGUCUCGUCGAGGUGGACGGACGCAUUCAUGAGUUCUUUGUGGGAGAUCGGUCGCACCCUGAUACGUGGGCGAUAUACAUGAUGCUUGAUGAGAUAAUGGAGAGGCUAAGAUUAGCAGGGUAUGUAGGGAGCACUGAAGCGGUGUUCCUUGACUUGGAUGAAGAAGGGAAGGAGAUGGCGCUCUCGCUUCAUAGCGAAAAAUUGGCCAUUGCAUUUUGCUUCACAAAAACAAAGCCCGGAACGACAAUAAGGAUAUUUAAGAAUCUUAGAAUCUGCAUGGAUUGUCAUGUCGCGAUAAAGCUUAUAUCUAAGAUCUACGAGCGGGAGAUUGUUGUUCGCGAUGGUAAAAGGUUUCACCAUUUCAGAGGAGGAUCAUGCUCCUGUAAGGAUUUUUGGUGAUUCAUUGAUUCACAUGUUAUGUAUGUGACUACUAUAAAAUUGCAUAGCUCAAUAGAUGUUUACUUAGUUUGUAGGAGCAUAAAGAUGCAACAGGGUCGGAAUAUAGUUUGUUGAGGAUUGUUGGUGAUUCAAACUUCUUUUCCUGUUUUUGUUUGAUAAAGUUGUAGAAAUUACCUGAAAUGAUCUUUUGCCUCUUUUAGAUCAAGAGCCAACCUGCAUGGAAAUUUUCAAUC